UCCGUUGACAACGCGGUCGCCCCAGGGGCGGAUGACUAUAUCCACGUCCCACGACCCACGAUAUCUCACCACGGAAACGACCACGCCCACUAAACUUCCUGCAUAUCCUACACAAGCCAACGAAAUGCCAAGUGACGAUGCCAUUUUUAUAGACCUUUUCUAAAAUAACCGAGAUUCGAGAUUGGAUAUUCGAGAUACGACUACAGAUAGUGAUAGCGAAAGCGAGGCGCCAGUGAAAGUGCCAUCCGCCCAAUCAAGACGGCCGAAUGAUUUGAUGAUGGCAGCCAGCGGGCGGAUUCGCAAGCGAAAGCAUAAAAGCCAUACAAGUGGCGACGUUCCCACUACAACGACAAGUGUACCCAUGCCCAUUCCGACCAUGGCGCCUGGAAAAAUAGUCGAGGAGACAAUGGAGGAAGCCGCCCUCGCCGGGGAUUACAAUAAUUUCACGCAUAAUUUCGUCGAUUUUCAGAACCUCUUGAGUUUCAACGAAUUGAAUGGCACUAGUAGCAGCGGUGGUGGAGGUGGUGGAGGUGGUGUAGGUGGUAGCAGUGCUAUCAGCUCGUUGAGCGCAUCGAGUGCCAUUAAGCUGAGUAACGGCGCCAUUACGGACACUCUGCUGGGCACGGUUCUCACUACGGCCACGGCCACGGUGGCUCCGGCGGCCAGUUCGCUUCUAGCCACCUUGGCGGCCACCACAACAGCAUCGGCGAGAGGAUCGCUGGCGGGCAAGUCCCUGGCUAUUGCCGACGCCACUUCAUCCACCUAUUACUCCAACUUGCUGAACCUAUCGCCGGCCACCACCAGCUUGAUCUCGGCGGCUGCGGCCACCAAGUCGUACAACGACAGUGCCCUCCGGUGGGAGCAGCUGGACGGAAGCGUGGACUUCGGGUUCGACCCACUCUACCGCCACUCGCUGGCCAUGUCCAUGGUUUACUGCGUGGCCUACAUCGUCGUCUUCCUGGUGGGACUCAUCGGGAAUAGCUUCGUGAUCGCCGUCGUCCUGCGGGCUCCUCGCAUGCGGACGGUGACGAACUACUUCAUUGUGAAUCUGGCCAUUGCGGACAUCCUGGUCAUUGUCUUCUGCCUGCCAGCCACUCUGAUUGGCAACAUCUUUGUGCCCUGGAUGCUCGGAUGGCUGAUGUGCAAGUUUGUGCCCUACAUACAAGGUGUCUCCGUGGCAGCCUCUGUCUACAGCCUGAUUGCCGUUUCCCUGGACAGGUUCAUUGCCAUCUGGUGGCCCCUGAAGCAGAUGACAAAGCGACGUGCCCGCAUCAUGAUAAUCGGCAUAUGGGUAAUCGCGCUGGUGACCACCAUCCCUUGGCUGCUCUUCUUCGACCUGGUGCCCGCCGAGGAGGUCUUCUCCGACGCCCUGGUCUCGGCCUACUCGCAGCCGCAGUUUCUCUGCCAGGAAGUGUGGCCUCCGGGCACGGAUGGGAACCUGUACUUCCUGCUCGCCAACCUGGUGGCCUGCUACCUGCUGCCCAUGUCCCUGAUCACACUCUGCUACGUGCUCAUCUGGAUCAAGGUCUCCACGAGGUCCAUCCCUGGCGAGUCCAAGGACGCCCAAAUGGACCGCAUGCAGCAAAAGAGCAAGGUGAAGGUCAUCAAGAUGCUGGUGGCCGUGGUGAUCCUGUUUGUUUUGUCCUGGCUGCCGCUCUACGUCAUCUUCGCGCGUAUCAAGUUCGGCUCGGACAUCUCGCAGGAGGAGUUCGAGAUCCUCAAGAAGGUGAUGCCGGUGGCCCAGUGGCUGGGCUCCUCGAACAGCUGCAUCAACCCCAUCCUCUACUCGGUGAACAAGAAGUACCGGCGCGGAUUCGCGGCCAUCAUAAAGUCGCGCAGCUGCUGCGGACGCCUCAGGUACUACGACAACGUGGCCAUCGCCUCCAGCACCACCAGCACACGAAAGUCAUCGCACUACCACCAGAACAGCUCGAGAAAGAGUCCGAGCAGUAAGGGCAACGCGGUGUCCUACAUCUACGAGCAUAACUCGCUGCGGCGCCACAACAUGAUGCUCAAGCAGGACAGCAACCUGUCGCAGCAAAUGCUGCUCAAGCAGGACUCUCACGGAUCUCGUCAGUUCCUCAUCAAGCAGGAGAGCUCCUGCAGCGAUGCCUCCGGGAUCAGGCGACCCCUCUGCCAGCAGGACAGCAAUGGCUCCAAGGUGUCACUGUCCAAGCAGGACUCAAUUGUGUCCUACAUGGAGGCUCGACGGGCGGCGGGACACGGUCUAAACGACACUCUGGUGGACAGGGAUAGCGUCUCGAUGGACGUUGGCCGGCGACAGGGCGCCACACCGAGCUCCCUGCUUGAUAAGCGGCAGAAAUUUGUGAAGCAGGACUCGGUGAUCUCGUUUGUUGACCAGCGACCAGAGCAAAGGCGCCAUCAGCUGGUCAAGCAGGACUCGGUCAUCUCCUUCGCAGACCAGCGACGCGGACUGCUCCACAAACAAGAUUCGCUCAUGGCAAACCGGACGGGUGAUGCACCCACCCACCACGUUUCCAUUCUGAAGAAGACCGACUCGCAGCUCAGCUACGGCAGUUCCACUUCUCCUCGCAGAAAUGCGGAUCUCUACGAGCAGGCAACAUUGGGUUGAAGGAGCUCCUAACUCUGGUAGAUAGAUACCAACCACCAUAUGCGUGGGUCGGUUUCAGUUAAACAUGUGGGAUGAACUACAUUAGGGGUUUAUGUAAUCCAGCAAUUUCAAAGCAUAAUGAAGAUGGUUUACCUUCGUUAAACAAAUGUGCUCUAAUACGUUCUUGAAUCACACAAACCCCUAGGAUUUAUUGCUUAACAAAUCGACCCAACCUAACAUACAAAAUAAAGCAACGAUACCAAAAACUUACCAAACUACAAAGGAAAUCUUAGCAGAUUUCUAUAGCAGAUAGAGUCAGACAGGGUCGAAUGGAAGUCGAGUGAUAGGCCUACGAUUGUGAUACAAGUCGGCGCGCUGGUGGGUUCAGAAUUAGUAACUAGGCAGUGCCGCACACAUCCGUCCCGUCAUCGUCGUUGGGAUAGGCAUAGGUUAGUGGACGGGAUGGAUGGCCAGUGGGAACGGACAUCGGGAUGGACCAAUAGUGGGUGGGUAUAUCUAAUCAGAGAUCGCUUAGCUAGGAACAGACAUGCCACACGGGGUUCGAGCAACAGGACUUCUCCACACACAGACACCACAGAAUGCUGAAUACAGAAAACAGAAAACAGAAUAUAGAAUACACUAAAGACACUGAAGACACUCCCCACAGAUCUAAUAGGUAAUAGAUGUUUUAUACGUGUUUCAGAGGUACUACGCAAGAUAGGAACUACUCCUUGGCUAUGGCUAUAUAAUACCUAUAUGUACCGUUACGCAGUUUUAAGAUGGUUUGUACUCGCAAUUUGCUAUAUCGAAAAGUUUGGUUAAGAGUGGGCGGAACAACGUGGGAAUCGAAGGGGUUAAAAUAGCUUAGCUAAACUUUUUGUACGACGGCGAACGUGAGUGAAACGGGCAAGUCCAGUAUCAUAGUUGAGAAACGAAAACAAAACAAAAUGAGAUAACACCGAGGUCUAAAGUAACGUACCUACUAAAUUUUUGUAUGGAAAUUCUUACAAUUUAUACAUAUAUAUUUAUAUUGAUUUUGGAAUAAGCAAUAUGCAAUACAAGCGUAUGUCUGCGCGUACGCCGUGUAUCUAUCAAACAACAAUAAUCAAUUUUAUUAGAAUUUUACACAACUGAGUCGCGGCAGCGGAAAUGGCACAGCACCGGAAAUGGGUUAGUAGACGCAAUGCACCGGAAGGCGAGUGAAAACGAAAACGAUUGGCGCACCAUACAAGCUUUGUUAUUGUCCAAACGCCGAUUAUUUCGAUAUUUCGAUGUUUCGGUGUUUCGGUAUCGAUGGGCAGAGGCAGCAGAGUUAGUUAAGGCAUCGAACGCGCACAAAGUAACACUUGACCAUGCUGGGACAGAGUAGAUUAGGGGGGAUGGAGUAGUCUAGGGAUUAUGGCUAGAUUAGGAUUAGGGCUGGACGAAGGAGUAGGUUGUCCGCUAAGUGAGCACAAAGCAGUCAAAGAUUUCGCACUAAACGUAUCACUACAAACUAACAAAGAAGAAAACAAUAAUCGAACUCAAAUUCGUUAAACACUAAACACCAAUAAACUUUAAACUAUACGAAAUAAAAUUUUAACGGAUAUCGCAAGGGGGCAGAAUCAAUGGUAAAACUAUGAAACUAAACGUAACGAUUAACUAUGCAAUUUUAUUGUUAGCCAAAAUUUUAUAACUGUCAAGUAACGAACAAGUAAAUAUUUAUAUGUAUACAGAAUAUAUCAAGCAUAAAGCAUACGUUAUAUAUCUUUAUAUACUUCGAUUGCAUGAGGCGCGGAUCGGAAGAGUUUUGGUUGACUUUGGUGUAACCGAGAAUGAUUUGAUCAGAGAUUUAGAAUAGUCGAACCGUUCUCUGUUCAGACUUGGGAAGCUAAGACCCCGAUCCAAAAAUGGAAAAAGUAGAACACAUGCACAGCCCGUUCAAAACUCCAGCGCUUAGUGUAAGGCAAGAAUCUACAAUGAGGAAUAUCAAUAAUAUAUUUCAAAUAUACAAACAUAUAUUUAUAUAGGCCUAGCGAUUCAUAUGUUAGCAGUAUGUGGCAAGCAUUCACAAGAGCGAACAACAUCGUCUAGUAAACAAGAGAUUACAUUUAUAUAAAUACAUACAUAUUAUAUGCUGCAAAUACGAAGGGCGCGCAAUAGAAUGUUCUUUCCCGCUUUUGAUUCCACUUAAAAAAGAAAGAAUGAACCCGGAAGUUGCGAGCAGGCUGAUUUAAGCAAAGUAAUAUUUAUCGAAUACCCCAAUUUGAACUUUAGGUUUUAAAGUUUUAAAACGUAGAGCAUACCCAUAUUCACAUGCAUGUGCAUUAUGUUCGUUAUUUACCGAUGCGGAAUACAAAAUAACAUAAAAUAUUUAAAAAGUGAUCGCGCGUUAACCAGUUAAACCGAAAGAAUGGCAUUAAAGGCAACACAAUAUUAUAUA